AUGGACAUUUCCGUGCCCCAUUAUCAUGACUAUGAUAACAGCUACAAGGUCCCUCGUCGCCCCUUCGAGAAUGCUCGUCUCGACGCCGAGCUAAAGCUCGCCGGCGAGUACGGUCUCCGCAACAAGCGCGAGAUCUGGCGUAUCGGUCUCAUCCUGUCCAAGAUUCGUCGUGCAGCCCGUGAGCUGCUCAAGCUUGAUCCCAAGGACCCCAAGCGUCUCUUCGAGGGUAAUGCUCUCAUUCGCCGACUCGUUCGCAUCGGUGUGCUCGACGAGUCGCGCAUGCGUCUCGACUACGUGCUGUCGCUCAAGAUCGAGGAUUUCUUGGAGCGCCGUCUUCAGACUCAAGUGUUCAAGAGCGGCCUGGCGAAGAGUAUUCAUCAUGCUCGUGUUUUGAUAAGGCAAAGACACAUUCGUGUUGGCAAGCAGAUUGUUAACAUCCCUUCAUUUGUCGUUCGUCUCGACUCCCAAAAGCAUAUUGACUUCGCUCUCACGUCGCCAUACGGAGGAGGUCGCCCAGGUCGUGUCAAGCGCAAGCGUGCUGCUGCUGCUGCGAAGAAGGAAGAGGGUGGAGACGAGGAGGAAGAGUAA